GAGGCAGCUCACACCAUUCCAUCCCCUCCUGCUCUUCUUCUUCUUGCUGCACCCAUCCAUCGUUGUCCUCUUGGAUCUUCCCAUCCAUCACCUACAAGUGGGCGUGUGAAGUAAGAGAGAGAGAGAGAGGUCAACCUUGACGUUAGUAAUUAGCAGGCACAGCACAAGCCCCAUAUAUCCCGUGAUCCUUCAGUUCAGACCAGCUAGUACCGAGCUGUACGCUGUAGCUGCCCGUGCGUAAGAGCUCCAUCUCAUUUUAUCAAGAAAGCUCUCACCUUUAUAGCUAGCUAGCUGCCCCUGUGCUGCGCCCGUGCCUGCCAAAACCAGCAUCUGUUCGAUUCGAUUCGAUCGGAUCGCCAUGGGCAACUGCUGCGGAGCCAAGAUUAGCUCCGACGCCCUCUCCCGGACCGAAGGGUCAAGAAGAAGCAGGAAGGGGGCGGGGCUGAGCUCGUCGAGCAGCCGGGUGUCGUCGGCGUCGGUGCCGGCGACGCCCACCCCACGGAGCGAGGGCGACAUCCUGCAGUCGGCGAACGUGAGGAGCUUCGCCUUCACCGAGCUGAAGACGGCCACCAGGAACUUCCGGCCCGACAGCGUGCUCGGCGAGGGCGGCUUCGGCUCCGUCUUCAAGGGAUGGGUCGACGAGAACACCUUCGUCCCGACCAGGCCCGGCACCGGCAUGAUCAUCGCCGUCAAGAAGCUCAACCAGGACGGCUUCCAGGGCCACAGGGAAUGGCUGGCUGAAGUGAACUAUCUUGGGCAACUGUCGCAUCCCAACCUUGUAAAGCUCGUAGGCUACUGCCUCGAAGAUGAGCAGAGGCUUCUUGUCUACGAGUUCAUGCCUCGGGGGAGCUUGGAGAAUCAUCUUUUCAGGAGGGGCUCACAUUUCCAGCCACUCUCGUGGAAUCUUCGAAUGAAAGUUGCUCUUGGAGCAGCAAAGGGACUUGCCUUUCUCCACAGCGACAUGGCCAAAGUUAUCUACCGUGAUUUCAAGACAUCUAAUGUUCUUCUUGAUUCGAACUACAACGCAAAGCUGUCUGAUUUCGGGUUGGCAAAGGAUGGUCCGACUGGUGACAAGAGCCAUGUCUCAACAAGAGUUAUGGGCACAUACGGAUACGCCGCUCCUGAAUAUCUUGCGACAGGGCAUCUGACCGCGAAGAGCGACGUGUACAGCUUCGGCGUGGUUCUGCUCGAGAUGCUGUCGGGUCGCCGUGCGCUGGACAAGAACCGGCCCUCCGGCGAGCACAACCUGGUGGAGUGGGCGCGGCCGUACCUGACGAGCAGGCGGCGCAUCUUCCGCAUCCUGGACGCGCGGCUGGGCGGCCAGUACUCGCUCGCCGGCGCACAGAAGGCGGCGGCGCUGGCGCUGCAGUGCCUGUCCGGCGACUCGAGGAACAGGCCGACCAUGCAGCAGGUGGUCGCCGCGCUGGAGCAGCUCCAGGAUGCCAAGGAGACGUCUCAUCAGCCGCAGAGCAAGAUGACGCUGGCCGGCCGUGGCUUCAACGGCAGCGGCAGCAGCUGGUCGCGCGGCAACAGGCGGUCGGAGGCGACGCCGGUCAAUGGCGGCGGCAGGUCGGCUCGUCCGAGGCGGCUGUCGGCAACGGCAUCGUCUCUGCCUGAGUGAGCUGCCAUUGCCACGCAUGCAUGCUUGUAGAUUCCUGAUGGUGAUGAGUGACACUUGUAAAUCAUGAGGCAUGAUUGAUUAAUUUCUGUACGCAUGCUGCUUAAUUUUAGUUUGCUACAUAAGCUUCUUCCUGCUGCAACGCAAAUCCGAUCGAGUCUUCUCCUUCCUUGUGCAUGUACGUAGUUGUUGUACAGCAUCUUUUCUUUUUUCUUUCUUUUUGUCUGCUUUAAUUAAUUCACCAAUUCUGCUGUACUGCCUUGAAUGAAAUCCAGAAAGAAAAAUGAAAGAGAAAGUACGGCAAAAUUCAGUUUGCUCUUUUUCUGCUGGAGUGAGCUGCUUUAAUGCAUUUGUCAAGCAGCAAGCAAUGGGCAGAGCAGUAAGAUGCAUUUU